GGGCCGCCAAGCAGCGCGGGCGAGCGAAGUUGAUGCCCGGCGGCGGGGCGAGCGCGGCAUCCGGCCGGCUUCUCACCGCCGCAGAGCAAAGGGGGGCCCGAGAGGCGGCGGGGUCGGCGGCCCGGAGCGGCUCGGGGAGCUCCGGCGUCGGCAGGGGCGGAUCAGGCGGCCCCGGGCCGGGGAGCGGCGGCGGCGGCCCGGGGGGCCCGGCGGGCAGGAUGAGCCUGACCCCGAAGGAGCUGUCGAGCCUGCUGAGCAUCAUCUCGGAGGAGGCGGGCGGCGGCAGCACCUUCGAGGGCUUGUCCACCGCCUUCCACCACUACUUCAGUAAGGCCGACCACUUCCGCCUGGGCUCGGUGCUGGUGAUGCUGCUGCAGCAGCCGGACCUGCUGCCCAGCGCGGCGCAGCGCCUCACCGCGCUCUACCUGCUCUGGGAGAUGUACCGCACCGAGCCGCUCGCCGCCAACCCCUUCGCCGCCAGCUUCGCGCACCUGCUCAACCCCGCGCCGCCCGCCCGCGGCGGCCAGGAGCCCGACCGCCCGCCGCUCUCAGGGUUUUUACCUCCUAUAACUCCACCGGAAAAGUUCUUUCUUUCCCAGCUGAUGCUGGCACCGCCCAGGGAACUCUUCAAAAAGACCCCUCGCCAGAUCGCGCUGAUGGACGUCGGAAACAUGGGCCAGUCUGUGGACAUCAGCGGGCUUCAGUUAGCCUUGGCCGAACGCCAGUCUGAAUUGCCAACCCAAAGUAAAGCCAGCUUCCCUAGCAUUCUCAGUGACCCAGACCCGGAUUCUUCCAAUUCUGGAUUCGACAGCUCGGUUGCUUCUCAGAUCACGGAAGCUUUAGUCAGCGGACCAAAGCCACCUAUUGAAAGCCACUUCCGGCCGGAGUUCAUCCGCCCACCGCCUCCACUGCACAUCUGUGAGGAUGAACUGGCCUGGCUGAAUCCCACGGAGCCGGACCACGCGGUUCAGUGGGAUAAGUCCAUGUGCGUGAAGAACAGCACCGGUGUGGAGAUCAAGCGAAUCAUGGCCAAAGCCUUCAAAAGCCCCUUGUCUUCCCCGCAGCAGACACAGCUCCUUGGCGAGUUGGAGAAAGACCCCAAACUUGUUUAUCACAUUGGCCUCACUCCAGCCAAACUUCCUGAUCUAGUGGAGAACAACCCUUUAGUUGCCAUAGAAAUGCUGCUGAAAUUGAUGCAGUCCAGCCAGAUCACUGAGUACUUCUCCGUCCUGGUCAACAUGGACAUGUCCUUACACUCAAUGGAAGUUGUAAAUCGACUGACCACAGCUGUUGAUCUACCUCCAGAAUUUAUUCAUCUGUAUAUAUCAAAUUGCAUCUCUACUUGUGAACAAAUUAAGGAUAAAUAUAUGCAGAACCGUCUGGUGCGUCUUGUGUGCGUCUUUCUCCAGUCCCUGAUCCGUAACAAAAUUAUUAACGUGCAGGACUUGUUUAUAGAAGUGCAGGCGUUCUGUAUUGAGUUCAGUAGGAUACGAGAAGCUGCUGGCCUUUUCCGGUUGCUGAAAACACUGGAUACUGGAGAAGCACCUUCGGAGACCAAAAUGUCCAAGUGAUACCUCAGCAGAGCCACUCCAUUCAUUGUGAUUUCCUGUUCAAAACUGUUGGCCUAAUGCACUCAGACAACAUCUUAUGUACUUCAACCAAGUUUUAUUUUCCUGGAUGACUUUUCCUAUAGAUGAGUUUUUGGUAAGAACUUGGAAAAUCGCCUUUUUAGGAUUCUUGCUGACUAUCCAUGGGAGGAAGUUAUCCCCCAAAAGCUAACUACAAAUGAUUUUUGUUUUGCACUGAAGAGCAAAGUGCCUGUUUUUGCUUAAAGGACAAGCUGUAGACUUCUGAUCGGGAACCCGGUUUUCCUAAGGUUCCAACAUUAAAAGUAUUUAAGGACAUUCUUAAGAAUUUGUGAUGUUGUCCUUGAAUUGAAAGCAACUGUUUUUGGAUCAUCAGACAGCAAAGAGAAGUUUGGCUGUUACAGCUACUUAGGCCUGUAGCUUUCAACCUCUCAUUGAACACAGUCUGAACCAAGGACACGCUUGUACCUUUUUCCUUCUUGCCAUGGGGACCUGAUAGACAGGAGAAAUGCAUUUCUGGGAACUCUUGGACAUCUUUUUCUAGGCAGAAAUAGCUGGCACAGGUUCCUGAUCCACCCCCUCCCCCCCCCGCCCCGAGAUGUUCUCUUUUGUAAGAUAGUCUGUUUGUUUUAAGAGAAAAUGUGUCAGUGUUUUGGGAGGUAAUACCACCACUAAGAACCACCUGUACACUGCCUGGUGCAUGGGAGCUACAUGUUCCCGGUGUGAACUGGAGUGGACAGGUAUUUGAAGAGUAGGAGAGCAGCAGAGGGGAUCGUGUUUGCUGUCACCCCUCAUGUGACUUUGGACAACAGUGCCUUCCAUUAAAAAUUCUUAAAUCAA